AUGACCAACCUUGAAGAGACAAGCUGGCUUGAGGAGGAAGAAUGGGCUCAACGCUGUGCAAUGAGUUUUAAUUCAGAUCCUGGAACAAGUCGUCUUCUGCAUAAUAUAUGUACACAACUUGGUCAAUUGCUUAGACCUAAUUUUGAAUCUGCAAAGAAUGCUGAAAGUAUGGAAACAAUUCUUGGAGAGGAAUUCAUCAAAACGUACAUUUACCCAAAUGAAGAUAAUUUGAAGAUUUCCGAUGAAAGUUGGAGUAAAAAGGAAAAACCGAAUAUUCAGACAUUAGAACACCUACAGGAGGUUGUUGAUGAACAGCUUGUGGCAGCAUCAGGUCAGGGUGACCCUAAGCUGUUGGAACUGCUGAUGCAGAGCCAGAGACAAGUUUUUCACAAGAUUUUUCAGCAUCAGCGCAAGGAGGAAAAUAACAAACAUAUCCAGUUUUUAAUUUGUAAAGCAAAUGAGCUCAAUCUACCAUCUCAUCAUCUUAUUGAUUUGAUUACAGGCUUCAAAUUCCGAUGUCUACCUUUUCCCCCAAUACUACGAACACAGCUGUGGGAUUUGCUCCUCGAAAAUCACCAGAUUGAUCGUUCAGCAAGAUUUUCCCAAACUGGUUCCGCUUUCCUUGAAUUCUCUACAAUGCAAGAAACCAUCAUCAGGGAAAUCUUAAAAUCUAGUUCCCAGGAUUUAAACGCAUCAGAGAAAUUGGAAAUGGAGCUUCAAAUCAAACUUUUAUUGAAAGCUGGAAAACUGACAGGACAAUCUCAGAAAGGGAAAUGUGCCUGGGUUGUACCUUUUGUAGAAAAUCACUUUCACUCUCAAGAGAAAAAGAAAGAUGUUGAAAUGAAAAAAGAAAGUUCUGCCAUCUUUCAUCAACCUCCAGAGAGAAUUCUGAUUACAAGAUAUCUUCUUUUUUUGCAAACAUUUUACCCCUCCAGGUCUUUUAUCAGCGAGGUUCUACUGGAUACUUUUGAUGCUUUAGCUCAUAUUGAUGAAGACAUUAUCAAAGAUAUGAUCGGUUAUUAUCAAAAUUCGCUGCACAAGGAUAUGGCGUAUGCUCCUGCAAAAGCCCUGGUUGGACCUUGGCUCAAGAAUGGUUUUGUUACAGUUUUAAACACAGAGUGUAGACAGGUCGUAAUUAAAGGGACAGUGCACAUAAUUUCAAGUGUAGACAGGUCGUAAUUAAAGGGACAGUGCACAUAAUUUCAAGUGUAGACAGGUCACAAUUAAAAGGACAGUGCACAUAAUUUGAGGUGUAGACAGGUCACAAUUAAAGGGACAGUUCACAUAAAUGUAGGAUUUACAACAUUUGAAACUAUACAUAAGCACAAAUGGUUUUUUAUCUAAAUAUAAAUGAUUUCGGGAUUAUGCAGCAAAGAAAAAGAAGGAUAUUUCUCCCAGAAAGAAAAGAAGACGACAUCUUCCUCAUUCUUUUCAGUCAAAUAUUUCCAGGGUACCGUUGUCAAUCGGGCGUUUAGGGGGGGAUAAAUGAAGUCGUAGCGGCAGUACCUAACAUGACGUACUAACUAAAUUUUAAAAGUACAAAAAUAAAAUGAAGUAAUUAAAAAAUAUACUAUGCUUGUCUGGGUGGAUGUUUGUUUGUUUGUGUUCAAUAAACGUCAAAACGGCCCACAUUUUUUAUGAUACCUCACAUGUUCCCAGGGAAGAUUUAUAGAUGAUCAAAAUUUUGAAUUUUUGCCUCAGUCAAAAUUCGAAUUUUGAAAAUCCAAAAUUUUUUUUUGUUUUUUAAUGUAUACAAAGAGAAAAUGUUCACAGUUAAAAUAGAAGAUUGGCUCUCAGAGACUGUAAUACACCGACUGCGCAUAACUCCUUUGGGCUUCUCUCUCUGGGUUUUCCUUUAUCAUGUUAUAAAAUUGAAACAAAGGAAAUGUGUUUUUUUUCACAAACUCUAAUUUUUUAUCUAUUUUAUAUUUAUCUUUGCAACACUGUGUCGUAGACCAUGUGUAUUUACACCAUCAGGUUUCAAAGAUAUAGGAAUUUUAAAAUUAUAGUUUGUGGUAAAAAAAAAUCAGCUUCUUUAUCAAUAAAUAAGAGAUUUAGAACUUUCAAGUCAGCAGUUUUAUCAAUUUUGUCUGGAAAAUACAGAAGUCAAUAGGAAUCCACUAAACUGGAAAUUUUCAAAACAAACUAAGAACAUUCCCGUGGUUCUGCCAAAUUCAUCAAUUCA